GCGGGACGGGGCGGGGCUUCAAGCGACUGGGAAGGAAGGAAAAGAAAAGAUAAAAAAGGAGUGGAGCUGGCACCUACGGUGGCCGAAGAGGGACGCGCCAAGCCGGAGGCUGCAGGAUGAUGCGAUUCAUGCUGCUAUUCAGCCGGCAGGGAAAACUGCGGCUGCAAAAAUGGUAUCUGGCCACCUCAGACAAGGAACGAAAGAAGAUGGUCCGGGAGCUUAUGCAGGUUGUUCUGGCUCGAAAGCCCAAGAUGUGCAGCUUCCUGGAGUGGAGGGACCUCAAAGUCGUCUAUAAAAGAUACGCCAGCCUCUAUUUCUGCUGUGCCAUCGAGGGCCAAGACAAUGAGCUCAUCACGCUGGAACUGAUCCACAGAUAUGUGGAGCUCCUGGACAAGUACUUUGGCAGUGUGUGCGAGCUAGACAUCAUCUUCAACUUCGAGAAGGCCUACUUCAUCUUGGAUGAGUUUUUGAUGGGGGGUGACGUCCAGGAUACCUCCAAGAAGAGUGUGCUGAAGGCUAUUGAACAGGCUGACCUGCUGCAGGAGGAGGAUGAAUCGCCACGCAGUGUGUUGGAGGAGAUGGGUCUGGCGUAGCCCCCGCCCUGGGCCGUGUGAAGAUGUGGGGAGCUCGUGGAGAGAUGGGGCUGGAGCUGCCCUUUCUUGGUGGAACCCAGCUGCCCCCUUCUGCUGCUUCAUCUUCAUUUGGAGUGAGCUCUGGGCUCAGGACCCUCAAACAUUCCCUCCCUUAGUCCAGUACUUUCUGUUUCCCAUUUUCCCAAAGAAGGCUUUAGGAGAAGGUUUUAGGAGAUCAGAAAAUGUGACCAAGCAGGGGUGCUAUUUGGUUUUCAUUCCCUGCCUUUGAGGAACUAAUGUUACCCCCAGCUUCCUCCCUGCCCUUCUAACUGUAAAUAUAUAAAUAUGUCAGGUUAAAGGGAAAAGGUUUUCAGGGCUAUUCUCUUCUCCCUGCCCCAUAACCUACCUCCACCCCUCUGGAAGCCAGCCAGGGCUGCUGCUCUGCCUGGGAGGGGCUUCUGUGUAGUGAAAGGGAAGUCCUUUCCCUCACCUACUCUCCCCUUCCUUCUUGGCUGCUCUGGGGCCUCUGCCCAAUGCCAGGGGAGCCACAAUAUAGUUAAUUUUUUCUAACCUUGCCACUUUGAGAAAAAGGAGGAUUGGGGGAAGGGAGGUCUUCACGGGAGACUGGGGGAGACUGGAUUUCCCUUCACUCCAGGUUCUGGGUGAUGAAGAAGCUAAGGGGGUGGGGUGGGGGGAGUGUCGGACUUUAUUUCCUUUACUCUG